AUGGAUAACUGGUUCAUUUUGGUGGUUUUGGCCCAUGUUGUGGUAGCUACAAGUGCAAGAAUUAUGCCAAUUGGGGAAAGAGUUUUAAAGAAUAACAAUGCCAAUGAUAUUGCUAAUGGCGGUGGACUAUCUGGUGGAUUAAAUGGAGGAGGUAAUGCUACAGGUGGAUUAAAUAGAGAGAAUAAUGUUAUCGGUGGUGGAAUAACUAGCGGAGUAAGAGGAGGCAGUAAUUCUACUGGAAGUAGACCUUCAAGUGGACUAAUUGGAGGCGGUAAUGCUAAUAGAGACAGUAAUUCUACUAGUGGUGGACUAAUUGGAGGCGUUAAUGCUAAUGGAGGCAGUAAUUCUAUUGGUGGUGGAAUAUCCGGUGGACUAAAUGGGGGCGUUAUUGAUACUGCUGGUGGAAUAUCAAGUGGACAAAAUGGAGUAGGUAAUUCUACUGGUGGUGGAAUAUCUGGUGGACAAGAUGUAAGAGCUAAUGAUACAGGUGGUGGUCGACCCAGUGGACUAAUUGGAGGGAAUAAUGGCAUUGGUAGUGGAAUAGGAGGAGGCCUUAAUUCUACUAGUGGUGGAAUUUCAAGUGGACUAAUUGGAGGAGGUAGUGCUAAUGGAGACAGUAAUGAUAUUGGUGGUGUAAUAUCUAGUGGGCAAAAUGGAGCUGAUAAUGAUAUUGGUGGUGGAAUAUCUGGUGCACAAAGUGGAGGCGGUAAUGCAAUUGGUGGUGGCGGAAUUGAUGGACUAAAUGGGGGGAAUAAUGCUACUGGUAAUAGAAUAACAAGUGGACUAGGAGAAGGGAGUACUUCUACUGGUGGCAGAACUUCAAGUGGACUAUUUGGAAACAAUAAUGUGAAUGGAGGCGGUAUUUCUAGUGGUCGUGGAAUAUCCGUUGGAAUAAAUGGAGGCAGUAAUGAUACUGGUGGUGGAAUAUCUGGUGGACAAAAUGGGGUUAGAAAUGCUACCGGUGGUGGAAUAUUCAAUGGUCAAAGUGGAGGUGGUAAUGCUAUUGGUAAUGGCCAACCUGAUGGACUAAAUGGAGGGAAUAAUGCUACUGAUAGUGGAAUAGCAAGUGGACUAGGAGGAGGGAGUAAUUCUAUUGGCAAUGGACCUUUAAGUGGACUAAUUGGAGGUGGUAAUGCGAAUAGAGGCGAUAAUUCUAGUGGUGGUGGAAUAUCUGGUGGAAUAAAUGGAGGCGGUAAUGACACUAGUGGUGGAAUAUCUAGUGGACAAAAUGCAGCCGGUAAUGCUACUGGUGGUGGAAUAUUCGAUGGACAAAUUAGAGGCGGUAAUUCUACUAGAGGUGGCCGACCGGGUGGACUAAAUGGAGUGAAUAAUGCUACCGAUGGAGGAAUAACUAGUGGACUAAGAGGAGGCGGUAAUUCUACUGGUGGUGGACUAAAUGGAGGCGGUAAUGAUACUGGUGGUGGAAUAUCUAUUGGACAAAAUGGAGUGGGUAAUUCUACUAGUGUUGGAAUAUCCAGUGGACAAAAUGGAGGUAGUAAUGCUAUUGGUGGUGGUCGACCCGGUAGACUAAAUGGAGGGAAUAAUUCUAUUGAUGAUGAAAUAACUAGUGGUCUAAGAGGAAACGGUAAUUCUACUAGUGGUGGACUGAUUGAAGGAGGUAAUGCUAAUGGAGGCGAUAAUUCUAAUGGUGGUGGUUUAUCUGGUGGACUAAAUGGAGCCAGUAAUGUUACUGGUGGUAGAAUAUCUAGUGGACAAAAUGAAUUCGGUAAUGCUAUUGGUGGUGGAUUAUCUGGUGGACAAAGUGGAGGUGUUAAUGCUACUAGUGGCGGCCGAUCCAGUGGACUAAAUGGAGGGAAUAGUUCUACUAGUGGUGGAAUAACUAGUGGUGGACAAGAUGUAAGAGCUAAUGAUACCGGUGGUGGUCGACCCAGUGGACUAAUUGGAGGGAAUAAUGACAUUGGUAGUGGAAUAGGAGGAGGCCUUAAUUCUACUAGUGGUGGAAUUUCAAGUGGACUAAUUGGAGGAGGUAGUGCUAAUGGAGACAGUAAUGAUAUUGGUGGUGUAAUAUCUAGUGGGCAAAAUGGAGCUGAUAAUGAUAUUGGUGGUGGAAUAUCUGGUGCACAAAGUGGAGGCGGUAAUGCAAUUGGUGGUGGCGGAAUUGAUGGACUAAAUGGGGGGAAUAAUGCUACUGGUAAUAGAAUAACAAGUGGACUAGGAGAAGGGAGUACUUCUACUGGUGGCAGAACUUCAAGUGGACUAUUUGGAAACAAUAAUGUGAAUGGAGGCGGUAUUUCUAGUGGUCGUGGAAUAUCCGUUGGAAUAAAUGGAGGCAGUAAUGAUACUGGUGGUGGAAUAUCUGGUGGACAAAAUGGGGUUAGAAAUGCUACCGGUGGUGGAAUAUUCAAUGGUCAAAGUGGAGGUGGUAAUGCUAUUGGUAAUGGCCAACCUGAUGGACUAAAUGGAGGGAAUAAUGCUACUGAUAGUGGAAUAGCAAGUGGACUAGGAGGAGGGAGUAAUCCUACUGGCAAUGGACCUUUAAGUGGACUAAUUGGAGGUGGUAAUGCGAAUAGAGGCGAUAAUUCUAGUGGUGGUGGAAUAUCUGGUGGAAUAAAUGGAGGCGGUAAUGACACUAGUGGUGGAAUAUCUAGUGGACAAAAUGCAGCCGGUAAUGCUACUGGUGGUGGAAUAUUCGAUGGACAAAUUAGAGGCGGUAAUUCUACUAGAGGUGGCCGACCGGGUGGACUAAAUGGAGUGAAUAAUGCUACCGAUGGAGGAAUAACUAGUGGACUAAGAGGAGGCGGUAAUUCUACUGGUGGUGGACUAAAUGGAGGCGGUAAUGAUACUGGUGGUGGAAUAUCUAUUGGACAAAAUGGAGUGGGUAAUUCUACUAGUGUUGGAAUAUCCAGUGGACAAAAUGGAGGUAGUAAUGCUAUUGGUGGUGGUCGACCCGGUAGACUAAAUGGAGGGAAUAAUUCUAUUGAUGAUGAAAUAACUAGUGGUCUAAGAGGAAACGGUAAUUCUACUAGUGGUGGACUGAUUGAAGGAGGUAAUGCUAAUGGAGGCGAUAAUUCUAAUGGUGGUGGUUUAUCUGGUGGACUAAAUGGAGCCAGUAAUGUUACUGGUGGUAGAAUAUCUAGUGGACAAAAUGAAUUCGGUAAUGCUAUUGGUGGUGGAUUAUCUGGUGGACAAAGUGGAGGUGUUAAUGCUACUUGUGGCGGCCGAUCCAGUGGACUAAAUGGAGGGAAUAGUUCUACUAGUGGUGGAAUAACUAGUGGUGGACAAGAUGUAAGAGCUAAUGAUACCGGUGGUGGUCGACCCAGUGGACUAAUUGGAGGGAAUAAUGACAUUGGUAGUGGAAUAGGAGGAGGCCUUAAUUCUACUAGUGGUGGAAUUUCAAGUGGACUAAUUGGAGGAGGUAGUGCUAAUGGAGACAGUAAUGAUAUUGGUGGUGUAAUAUCUAGUGGGCAAAAUGGAGCUGAUAAUGAUAUUGGUGGUGGAAUAUCUGGUGCACAAAGUGGAGGCGGUAAUGCAAUUGGUGGUGGCGGAAUUGAUGGACUAAAUGGGGGGAAUAAUGCUACUGGUAAUAGAAUAACAAGUGGAAUAGGAGAAGGGAGUACUUCUACUGGUGGCAGAACUUCAAGUGGACUAUUUGGAAACAAUAAUUUGAAUGGAGGCGGUAUUUCUAGUGGUCGUGGAAUAUCCGUUGGAAUAAAUGGAGGCAGUAAUGAUACUUGUGGUGGAAUAUCUGGUGGACAAAAUGGGGUUAGAAAUGCUACCGGUGGUGGAAUAUUCAAUGGUCAAAGUGGAGGUGGUAAUGAUAUUGGUAAUGGCCAACCUGAUGGACUAAAUGGAGGGAAUAAUGCUACUGAUAGUGGAAUAGCAAGUGGACUUGGAGGAGGGAGUAAUUCUACUGGCAAUGGGCCUUUAAGUGGACUAAUUGGAGGUGGUAAUGCGAAUAGAGGCGAUAAUUCUAGUGGUGGUGGAAUAUCUGGUGGAAUAAAUGGAGGCGGUAAUGACACUAGUGGUGGAAUAUCUAGUGGACAAAAUGCAGCCGGUAAUGCUACUGGUGGUGGAAUAUUCGAUGGACAAAUUAGAGGCGGUAAUUCUACUAGAGGUGGCCGACCGGGUGGACUAAAUGGAGUGAAUAAUGCUACCGAUGGAGGAAUAACUAGUGGACUAAGAGGAGGCGGUAAUUCUACUGGUGGUGGACUAAAUGGAGGCGGUAAUGAUACUGGUGGUGGAAUAUCUAUUGGACAAAAUGGAGUGGGUAAUUCUACUAGUGUUGGAAUAUCCAGUGGACAAAAUGGAGGUAGUAAUGCUAUUGGUGGUGGUCGACCCGGUAGACUAAAUGGAGGGAAUAAUUCUAUUGAUGAUGAAAUAACUAGUGGUCUAAGAGGAAACGGUAAUUCUACUAGUGGUGGACUGAUUGAAGGAGGUAAUGCUAAUGGAGGCGAUAAUUCUAAUGGUGGUGGUUUAUCUGGUGGACUAAAUGGAGCCAGUAAUGUUACUGGUGGUAGAAUAUCUAGUGGACAAAAUGAAUUCGGUAAUGCUAUUGGUGGUGGAUUAUCUGGUGGACAAAGUGGAGGUGUUAAUGCUACUAGUGGCGGCCGAUCCAGUGGACUAAAUGGAGGGAAUAGUUCUACUAGUGGUGGAAUAACUAAUGGACUAAUAGGAGGCAAUAAUUCUACUAGUGGUAGUCUUUCAAGUGGAUUAAUUGGAAGAGGUAAUGCUAAUGUUGGUUGUAAUUCUACUAGUGGAGGUCUAUCUGUUGGACUAUCUGUUGGAGGCAGAAAUAAUACUAGUGGAGGCCGUUAUUUCGGACUCAUUAGUGAACCUUGA